CACCGAGCGGAAAUUACAGUAGUCGUGUUGCGCAUGCGCAGCUUUCCUCUUUUCACCUCCCUGUGCUGAGCUUCACCAUGGCGAACGUCGCUGACACAAAACUCUACGACAUCCUCGGUGUCUCUCCUUCAGCGUCCGAAAACGAGCUUAAAAAGGCCUACCGCAAAUUGGCGAAGGAAUAUCACCCUGACAAGAACCCAAAUGCUGGAGACAAGUUCAAAGAGAUCAGCUUUGCAUACGAAGUCCUAACUAACCCAGAGAAGAAGGAGCUGUACGACCGCUAUGGAGAGCAAGGUCUGCGAGAAGGGGGCGGAGGAGGACCCGGCAUGGACGACAUCUUCUCUCACAUUUUCGGCGGCGGUCUCUUCGGCUUCAUGGGCGGUCACGGGCGCAGCCGGAACGGUGGUCGGCGGAGAGGGGAGGACAUGGUGCACCCUCUCAAGGUAUCGCUUGAAGAUCUGUAUAAUGGGAAAACAACCAAAUUACAACUGAGCAAGAACGUCCUGUGUAGUACUUGUAACGGCCAGGGAGGGAAGACUGGCGCAGUGCAGAAGUGUACGACCUGCAGGGGGCGUGGUAUGCGUGUUAUGAUCAGACAACUGGCUCCUGGCAUGGUCCAACAGAUGCAGUCUGUCUGCACUGACUGCAGUGGUGAAGGUGAGGUGAUCAGUGAGAAAGACCGCUGUAAAAAGUGCGAGGGGAAGAAAGUGGUGAAGGAGGUAAAGAUCCUGGAGGUGCACGUGGACAAAGGCAUGAAACACGAGCAGAAGAUAACUUUCGGAGGAGAAGCAGAUCAGGCGCCGAACGUGGAGCCUGGAGACAUCAUUCUUGUCCUGCAGGAGAAGGAGCACAAGACGUUUAAAAGAGACGGACACGACCUGCACAUGACCCACAAGAUCGGUCUGGUCGAAGCACUUUGUGGUUUUCAGUUCGUCCUGAAGCAUCUGGACGGCAGACAGAUUGUGGUGAAAUACCCAGUUGGGAAAGUCAUCGAGCCUGGUUCCCUCAGAGUUGUGCGAGGUGAAGGGAUGCCACAUUACCGCAACCCCUUCGAGAAAGGAGACCUGUUCAUCAAGUUUGAAGUUCUGUUCCCAGAAAACAACUGGAUCAGUCCAGAGAAGCUCAUGGAAUUGGAGGAUCUGCUGCCCUCGCGGUCCGAGGCUCCCGUAAUCUCCGGCGAGACGGAGGAAGUGGACCUGCAAGAAUUCGACAUGAGCCAGAGUUCAUCCGGCAGCCAUCGGCGUGAAGCCUACAACGACAGCUCUGACGAAGAGGGCGGCCAUCACGGCCCGGGGGUGCAGUGCGCCCAUCAGUAGUUAGUAAGCAUGACCAUCCCAACCUGUCUGGAUCCAGAGAAGGAAAAAAAAAUGUUCUAGUUGCACAACAUCAGAUCAACAAAGGUGUGGCUGUUUUUUCCCCUCCGUCUGAUUUGGGGUUCGCCGCUUUCACAUACGAGCCUGUAGCUCCUCCCACCUUCCUCUGACAUCCACCACAAUAGUUCCAUAAGCAGGCGACCUCAGACGGAGGAGUAAAAAAAAGGUCAUUUCUCUUUUACUUUGUGUAGCUUGCGUUAUUUUUGUUCUUGCUGCGGUCAGCAUAGUAUUUAGUGUUAAUUUAAAACUAAUCCCAACGUGCAGUUUUGGCCUCUGAGCCUCUUUAUUUGAAAAGAGGGUUUGUGUGUGUGUGUGAGAGAGAGAGAGAGAGCGAGCAAGAGAAAGAGACCGUAAAAGAGAAAAGUCCUUUGAAACAAACACCUUUGGGACGUUAUAAGAAACAUCACAUUUUUAGGUUGGUUUGUAUCUUACUUGUGCUUGAUUUUUACCACUUUACUUUGUAGAUUUUUACUUUUUGUUUUUUUUUUUCUUCUGUUAUAUUUUAAGAAUUGGAACAAGAUUCUACAGCGUUAUGUAUAAAAAUAAGUGUUCGUCAUUUAAGCGUUACGAGCUGCAGUUAUGAUGUAGUUUAAAUAAAUCCUUCACUUGCCUGUAUCUGUCUUCAGCCCAGGUGCAUGCUGGGAAAGCACUGAAACAUCCAAAUUAAAAAUACAAAUCGUAUAAUGAUGAAGUGGGUGGAAAGCAGCUGUAGGCAUAUAACUUCUGUGAAAAGUUUAUGAAGUUGUUAAAUAAAAACAGUAUCUCAAA